AUGAGAGUUGAGCAAGACAAUCUUACUCGACUCUAUCAGCCCAUUUUGCUGGAGAAGGCAUUGACCAUCAUUCACCAACCAUACCCGCAAUUCACUGAAGAUGGCCCAGCACUGCAGGAAGACCCCUUGCUGUCAUCGCAACAAGCCUUUCAGGCUUUUGUCAACAAGUUGGCUCAAGCUUGUGACUCAAGACCAGGCGGCGAUACUGUGACGGCAGUAACCAUAUUGCGUGAUGCCGAUAAUUUUCCAUGGUAUGUUGUCGCAUGCAACUUCCGGAGUAAGGAAGCGCUACAGGGUACGAAAGCCUUCCUCGAUUCACUUCUUCGCAUGAUUCGAGACGAACAGGACAUGGGACGAAGGCCUCUACUGAAGCAGAUCUUGUGGCAACUACUGAGCUUCAGCUUCCCCAGGGUCAAGUUAUACUUGAACAAUCUGCUUUCACACUUGAGAGAAAGGGCGAUGUUUCCACGAGACAUCACCAACCGCAAUGCAAAAGCAAAAUUUCUGAGUGACUGUGAAACUUGUAUCAACGUGAUACAUGGGGCUAGAGGGAAAGAAGUUGACGAGGCUAUCCGAAGCCAAUCAAGGGACAAUGAGAUGGAGAUUGCGCAAGUUUGGCAUGAGCUUCGCCAUUACCUCGGACGAUUGCUAUCCUAUCGGCAGGCAGCCGAGAUUCUUCUUGGCGCCUUUGACCGCUGGCCAUCACUAUUCAGAGACUUCACAAUUGACACAAUUCCAUCCAAUGGGAGGGCUAGUAGGCCGUUGCCAAAGUCGAAGCUAACGGCCGAAGAGAUCAUCGUCAACAUGUCAGAAAAUGCUUCCGAGGCCAAGACCUAUCUUCAGCAAGCCUACGACUUGCAGAACAUGGCUCUGGAUGAAAGAAUCCAGCAGCAAGUCGAGAAGUCAUUUCGGCCCGUGCUUCAUGCAGAAGUAGCUCUCCACGAACAUCUCUUGCGUGUCGGUAUUGAACAUCCGGAAAGAUACUGGAAUAACAACAAAUACAUUGGAUCCAGUAAACCAACUUUUGCGGUUCGGGCUGGUCAUGACAAUUUGUACGCAAAUUGGCAAUUCCCGCCCGCUCCGGAACAAGAAGGUCGGAUGGGUCUCCAAGCCAACCUGGAACUAUUGGGGAUCAUUACAGUGCUGGUUCGAAAUGACGCGAAGCGUACAUUGGAUGAGAGACGACCAAGGGGGAAGAGACAUGACUCAAACACGGCGUCCUCAAUGCCGGCCUACUUCGACCUCGGGAGUCAUGGAACAUCAUCACAGACGAGUAACUCUCGCCGACCGGACAGGGAUAAAGGUCUACAGCGAAAGGAUGGUAGUGGUGCAUACAAAGGAGAUGACUGGGAUUCAUACGAGUUGAUCGCCAGCGGAGGGGAUGAUGAGCCAGGAAACGAUGGCGCCUCUAUCUCGGGGGAGAGGUAUUGA